CCUGCAGCCAGCCACUCGCGGUAAUGGCACCCAGUGCUCUCUCCCUGGAAAUCCUAACACCCAAAGAGAAGAACAGGCUCAGGAAACCCAUCGUAGAGAAGCUGCGCCGCGAUCGGAUUAACAGCAGCAUUGAGCAGCUGAAGCUGCUCCUGGAGAAGGAGUUCCAGAGGCACCAGCCCAACUCCAAGCUGGAGAAAGCCGACAUCCUGGAGAUGACCGUCAGCUACCUGAAGUACAGCCGAGCUUUUGCAGCAUCUGCCAAAAGCCUUCAGCAGGACUAUUGCGAAGGGUACGCCUGGUGCCUCAAGGAAGCUCUGCAAUUCCUCUCUCUCCAUUCAGCAAACACAGAGACCCAGAUGAAGCUGAUCUGCCAUUUCCAGAGGUCACAAGCAGUGCCCAAGGACUCGGGUUCUUCCUCUGCACCCACUUCCAGCCAGCAGCCCUCUGCAAAACAAGCACCAGCGAAACCCUCCUGCAACCUCUGGAGGCCUUGGUAGGCCGAGAGCACGCUUCCCACCUGGCCUGGACGUUGGCUCAUUUUCCAGAGGAGACCGUGACUCGCUAGAGAAGUCCCCUGGCUCCUCUCCUGUGUGUAGGGAAGAAUGUUCUCCUUUUACAGAGCAUUAUGGUGCUUGGAUGCCUCCCUCCCUUCUUCCUGAAGGACUGCAACGAUCCCACCACGUGGAGGGAAAGUAAUUCUGUAGGAAUGCAAGACGUAACCCUCCUGCUAGGAGGAGUGGGCUGUUCAGAGAGGAACGCUGCGGGUUCUUAACCUUAG